AUGAGCUACAUCGCCCGCCGUGGUCUCUCGACCCUGAUCCCCCCCAAGGUACGACCGACCCCUUCGAGUGGCCGCAUACGAGGCGGCAAGCGUGGUAUAUUGAAUAAUUCAACAAUUACUGACAUUGUAGUAGAUCGCUUCUCCCAAUGUGAGUCUUUGAAGGCCUCUUCGCACGUGGUCAUCUCACCCGACAACCUGCUCCAAGACCCGUUUCCUCCCGACGGACAUAUCUCCAUUCCCAAUUCAUUUCCGGACUCGAUCGUGUCCACCGUCCUCGAAUUCGUCACUGACAUGUCUAUACGCAAGGCCAUCGGUGCCGCCCAGGAUGCUGCCCGCAUGGAGCGCGUUGUGAGCUUCUACGCCGGUCUUCCCCGUGGCCCCGCUCCCCAGACCAAGGCUACUGGUCUCCUUGGUCGCUACCAGGCUCGCUACUUCAACAAGAACUCCGCGGCUCGUAAGUAG